ACUGUGGAAGGUAAACCGGAAGUGCGAGUUAAAAUCUAAUCUUGACGCCGCAGCAACUGGAGAGUGUUCCUGUAAAGUGCGCUUCUUUUAUUAAAUGCGGCUGUCUCAGUUCGUACUUUUGUUGGGAUUCACAGAAAAAGAAGAAGUGUUGUAAGAAAUGAAGACUGGUGUGAUUUAAAGCGGAUCAGAAGCGGCUUCGUGUGUCUGUCCCGUUGUUAUGGAGCAGCCUCCUGGGACAGCAGACGACCUCCAGACACCCCAGGACCUGUCCACUUCCAGCCUGCCUGCUGUGGUAGACCUGACCAAGAGAGGAGGAGAAUGUCCCAUGAUCAGGAGGACCUCCAGCUGGUACCAGACCACAGACCCGGGCAACACUGGACCCUCAUAUCCAGACAUUGCCCCAUGCACUGUCCAGUCAGGAGGCCAGAUCCAGCCUGAUAAUGCCUUCUCCCACACCACAGUCACAUUGUCCUACGUGAGCCGGUCUCAUGUCUUCUCCACUCAAGACUCCCUGUCUGGGACAUCUUCUGUGUAUGGUGUCCCCACAUUCAGCAAAUACUCGCUUCAGCCUCCAUGUGAGAUUGGAGAGAAGAACAUGACAUUAACUCAGCCUUAUCUGGAGAACAUGGAUGGACCUGGUGAUCUAGCUGCACACACACAUCUUCUCCAGUCGCUCUCUCAGGAGCAGUUGGAGGUUGAUGUGGGGACAAAUAUGAAACAGACUUCAGAGUUGAAUGGGACAUCACAGAUGGACACUUCAGAGCAACACAGUGUUGACAGCUGUGAACGUUUACAAAAUGGUGGGGACAUUUGGUUUAGUGAAUCCUUACAAGAUGGUUCCACACCCUUACCUGAGUGCCCUACAGCCUUACAAGAAUCAGAGAGCUCCAAUUCUUCAAGCAAAAACAUGGAACAUUUCGGAGACAAUCAUUCCUUACAAAAUUGUCCCACCUUCACAACAGAAUUCCAUCAGUCUGUACAUUGUUCGGAUUCCAUACAAGAUAGUUCUACAUUAGCAUCGGACUGUUUACAAGAACAUCCAAAAUUCUUGCCUGGGUUUUCGGAGUUGAUGUCGAAGCAGGUUUUUGAAAAAUCACCUCAAACGUAUGAGGAGUCCUCUGCACCCUUGGGAGAGGGCAAUGACUCCUUACAAGUGUGCCAAGAAACGGAAAACCUUGUGGAUUCUUUACAAAAAGACAAAGAGAAUGUUUUGGACGGGGACAGUCCAGAGCUAGGUACUGUAUCAUCUCUACAUCAUAAGGCAGUGAAUACACAACUGGGUGAUGUCAUCAGCCCUUCGGAAGACCUUGUGUCCCCUUCUGCUACCUCAUUGAAUGAAAUAGAUGAUGUCUUCAUACUUCCGGAAGCCUCCUGUUCACCAAGCAGAGACAAUUCAUUUCUAGAGACAACGGACGAUCUUUCAAGUACUCAAGACACCAUCCAACCAGGUUCCGAGGACAGCUUUCUUUCAAAUGACGUAAGCGAUCACUCAAUUAAUAGAAGGGUUUCUGUUUUGGAACCACUCAUCGACUUGCCAGAUGAUGUUUGUAUGGCAGAUGUUUUGGAGGGAAAUCUUAAGAGUGCCAAAGUCUUAAAUGGCAAUGUUAAAGCACUACAAAAUACUGUAUGUGAAAGAAAACUACCUGUCCGAUCCAGCAGAGGGAUGCGCUUAGAAUCUGUUGUCAUGGACAUCAAUUCCAGUCAGUACAAUGUGUCCGGAUGCAUGCGUGCUGGCAAGAAAAGUCCCCAAACCAAGGAGGACAAGUUAACGCUGCGUAAGAGCAAUAGGCUUUUGACAAGUAACAAAAAAUGUGACGAUAAAAAGGAGAUGCCCAAAGUCUCACCUAAAAAGGGUCACACUAAAGCAAUUCCGGAAAACUGCAAAAACUCUACCUCAGAUCCGCACCGCCAAAGCACCGCAAAUUCACUACAAGCCAGUCCGGUAAAGUUAAAACGGAAAUCAUCAGAGCAAACUUCGCCACCAGCAAACUUCGAAGAAUUGUUUUCCCAAACAGAUAGCGAUGUUACUGUUGGAAGUGUUAUGUCGACUCUAGAAUCAUCCACAUUGCAGACGAAAAGUCCAGGCAAAACCAACAGUGAGGUGCCCGCGAAGAAGACCUGCCCAAGGGCAAAAUCAAAAUCUACGCCUAAGAAAAAACGAAAAAAACCUGAGCUCAGAAACGCUUCAAGCAUGUUUUCCCCCAAGGAGCCAGAAAUCAAGCUGCGAUACCUAAAUUAUAAAGAGGAGAAACGGGACUCAAAAACGCAUAGCUUUUCACCGUUCAUCCGGGUACAGCGCAAGGAUCAGGCGUCCUCAGUGUGUACUGUGGUCAACUACCCCGAAGAGGUUAAAGCUCAGCGGAAAACCAACCAACAGCAUGGAUCUUCUGCGGAGUAUGUGCCCGCUGCUGUGCCCACUACUUCCUGUCUGCAGCUGGGGCGCGCGUCCAUGCAGUCGGAGCAGCAGGGGGCGCUAGUGUGCUGCCUGUGCGGUCAGUCUGCCAACGCCAUGGACCUGGGCGAUCUCCACGGACCCUAUUACUCCGAAGGGCACCAACCUUCAGCAAAAAGGUCAAAUCUGGGGUCGGAGCUAAAGGAAGAGUCCAGUGAAUCAGAUUCAUCGACAUGCAGCAGCGGGAGGAAGUGGACGUCCACAAAGGGGCAGCAGCGGCGGCGGUGGGGGGGCAAGGAGGGGAGGAGUCUGGCAGCAAAGCGUGUCCGAGCGGAUACAGAAGAUUGGUAUAGCCCCCCCAUGGUGCCUCUGGGUCCCUGCGAGUACUGGCUCCACGAGGACUGUGGGGUGUGGGCCGCCGGGGUGUUCCUGGUCAGGGGGAAGGUCUAUGGGCUGGAGGAGGCCGUCAGAGCAGCGCACAGUACGAGGUGCUCAUCGUGUGGGGACAAAGGGGCGUCUCUGGGCUGUCUGUUCAAAGGGUGUCCCAACAAGUACCACUACAGGUGUGCGCUCCACUCAGACUGUGUUCUGGAGGAGGACAACUUCUCCAUGAAGUGUAGGAAGCACAAGAACAAGUCCAUCAAGGCCCCUCCGAGCAGCCGGCCGGAGCCCAGCUGACCACAGCAGAGGGUGCUCCUGGAGUUGCCCCCUCCGGUCUGCUGUGGUUGACCCCACCUCUUCAUGUGGUAACCACGGCAAUGUGGACCAACAUCCUUCUGGCUGCAAGCGAGGACCUUAACUUCCCUCAUCACAGGGACCCUCCGCUCCACUCAGUCUGAUCUAUUUAUACAAUAUUUACGUUUUUGGAUUAAAUAACAAUCAAAGAUAUUUAAUUUUAUAUCAAUUUUGUAUGAUUAUUUUAGUUUUUAUUUAUUCUGGAAUUCUUAAUGUGUUUUUAAGUUAUUCUCAAAGCCAUCAAAGGAGAGAAUUUUACCUUAAAGGGACAUCAGAGGGUCUAGAUUUAAAAUCAGAUGGACACAAACAUUUGAUCACUUUGGAUCAUCACAGCAUUAAGUUUUCUACGUUGGUUUGUUUACGGGGGAAGUGAAUGUAUUCCGUAAUAUUAGCGUUUUCGUUUCUCUGGAAGCACUUUGGAGUGACAUGUGGUCCUGGAUACGUUUUUAUGAAGUUUUUUUUUUUAAACGUUUUUCCGAAGUUUACAUUUUUUUAAAACUUGGACAAGCGUCUUGGAAAUGUUGAUUUUGGAUGGAAGCACUUUGUCCGCCAUCUUGGGCCUCCAUAUGUUUGUGUUAACAGGGUUUACCUUUUAUUAAAGUGAAACGAGGAAACCACAUUUCAAAUUUAAAAUACAAAAUGUCAUUCUUUUAAUACAGUGAAAUUUGGACAGUAGAUUGCUCAUCCACUCGUGCCAAGGUUGGUAGUUCUAUGCCUGCUGGCCACAUUGACAGUACGGGUUAACUGUCUUGCUCAUGGGCACAAUACCAGUAUGUAAAGUAUUAAUUAAUGAAUUUAUUAAUUUAUUGCAUGGUCGUACUUGAGCCAUAGACGCUCAGUUGGUAUUGUAAAGGUUGCUGUUUGAUCCCUGCUACCUAUAUUUCUUACUGCCACUGUGUCUCUGGGCAUGACACUUCCCCAAACUAACAUCUAUGAAUUUGUCAGUUUUUUUUUUUUUUUUUUUAAUUGAAAACAAAAACAAAACUAAUUUGGCUCAUUUGGUAGCCAUAGUCAUCACUAAUCCCAAAGCUGCAACACGGGGAGCAGGAAUCAAACCUACACGCCUCCUCCACUUUACCCACGUAAUACAUUUGUUUCUUUGAAAUCAGGACUGCAAAAAGUCUCCGUUGGUAGCAACAGUCACCCACUAACCUGAAGGAUGCUGGUUUGAUCCCUUACCAUCCAUAGUAUCCAUAUUACAUACUGCCACUGUGUCCUUGAGCUCGACACUUCAGCCACCCCACUGGAGUGAGUUUUCUAGUAUAUCACAUUUGAAUAAAACAAAUGAUGACUCAUGAAUUUUCAAAUAUGUAAAGACUUCAUUAAAUGUGUUGUAGAUUCUGCAAGUGUUGUUCAUAAAGUUGUUUAAAGCUGCACUAUAACUUUUCUAGUAGGGGGGGUAAGGGCUUUUGCUUGACAGUGUUUGACAGUAUGGCAUUAAAUGUAUUUAUCUCCAUGGAAACGAGCGCUACUAAACCAAGUUACAGGUCAGAUCUGUAGUUGGGUGACUUGCUUUUCAAUGUAUUUUUGUUUGUUUUAUUUUGAGCACUUAAAACCUACAUAAUGAAAUAAAAUGUUAUCCAUAGCAGAAUGAUGGAAAAUCAGGGUGGUUGUGAUGGCAAUUGGCAAUUUUUAAAAAUGAAAUACCAUGGAACAGGAAUCUGAACCCAUGAAUAAGAUCAUUUUAAUACCAUACUGUGCAACAUUUUAAGCAAAGUGAUGAUACCUCCAUGAAGACGAGCAGCUAGUGGACCCCCCCAUCAGAAAAGUUACACAGUGCAUCUCUAAUUUGAGUAUGGUUUUCCUCCUCUUGCUUUAACACACUUUUGCCUGACCUUGCCGUUGUUUGCGUGAAUCACAGACGGACCCUUCUCUUGCAUUUUCAGUGUUAAAGACCUGACUUAAGUUUACAUGAGCGAACGCCGCACUGGCUUUGGACAAAUCAGACUGCUACUUUUAUAUCUCCUCUCCAAGUGGUGCUUCUCAAAAUAUGCAAGUAUGCGACUAAUAGGUUGGGUUCACGUGACUUCACAACAUCCCAGAAUCUCUGUAGUUUAAAAGUGCAUAUGACAAGCUCGACCACUCAUUUUACUAAAACAUUGUUAACAUCAGUAUAUUUACGAUUUUACUAAAAACCUUGCCUUUUUUGUGAUUUUUUUAAAUUUUAUUUUACUUCCUGGUUGGAUGCAGAUAUGACAUAAUUGGCUUCCAUCACUGUUACCUAGCAACCAAGGGCAAAAGCCUGAUUUAUUUACAAAAAAGUUAUGAUUUGACAACACUUGUAUUUUGUUAAAAGGUUUAAACUUACACAAAAUGCCUUCCUUACAUGUAAAUUGUCUCUGUGCUACUUCCUGUAUUUGUGUACUUUUCGUUUCAUCGUUUACCCACAAACUGACACAAAAAGUUUCAGUAAAGUUUGUUACUUCCUGGUUGGACAUGAGCAGCAGCUGUGACGUGCGUAGAACUAAUUCCACAGCUGUUACCUAGGAAAAUGUUAACAAGAGCUCAUUUAAUUUACACCUUGGCUAUUAUUUGAGUAGGAAAAAGCAGAUUUGUUUUGGUAAAUGUCAUGUUUAGCGCAGGUACUAUCCCACCUAACCAAGUGAUAAUUACAAAAAACAUGAAACCCAGUCAUAUGCACUUUUAAACAGGCUCUGCCCUAUGAUUCUUGUAUGUUGUGAACGCAGACGAUUCAUUUCAGCCAAGACAAAUCAUUGAAAAGACUUGGAUUUGAAGGCAGCUUGCACGCACUUUUUCCUACUUCAUGAAAGUUCCUCCUUCCAAGUGUAAAAAUGUUUGUAGUUUUCCAUCUCGCCUACAGGGGGAGUAAUGUACCAGUUUGUUUUUUUUUAUUCUACGGGCAGCUCUAUAUGCCAAGUCACCAGCAACCAAUGUGCCAUCUAUAAUUCCUUUGCAAUCAAUCCUUUCACCUGGAUUUUGUGUUGUACCAAAUACAGCUGUUUUAUAAUCUUUUCUCAGGGCUGAAUGUCACAUGUUAGAAUUUGACUUGCCGUUGUUUUAAAAAAUGUUCCUGUUUGUUCUGUUUUUUGACAUGUAGCAGCGGUGAUAUUUCUGAUCCCACACGUUUCAUGUUUGUGUGCCAUGGUGAAUGAUCGUCUUUGUUUUUACAGAAGCUUUAGUACAACUCCCUCAUCUGUCAAACGAAAUAAAUGAUUUUGUUCC